AUGGAGAGCGUCACUGCCACGAAAUUAAAGUGCUUCAACAACCUGCAGAGCCCUGAAAAGGAUAAUUUCGGUAAACGCAACCACUGCCACUUCGGCGCAAAGGCUCUCCGCGCAGUCCCAGGAGAAGCCAUUUUGUUCGCAAACCAAUGCAACAGGCACUACGAGAGCGAGGGCCAAUAUGAGUUCUCCCGUCUCUCACCAGCUCAGCAAGCCGAGAUGAUUGUCUCAUUGCCCCUAGAAGCAUUUGUCAACUACUUCAACGAGCCAGGCUCUAUUCGUCAGAUGGGCAGCAAUAUAAAGCCCUUCGCACCGUUUACGUGGAGCACUACCGACGAGCCCCUUGCGCGGACUGUUUCUGCUAGGUGCCAAGCACUUGGUAUCAGACUUGAGAAGUGUAAUGUUGGCGUCUCUACCACUGAGGAGAUCAAAUUACCAAGAAGUGCUGGAUUUCGUGGAGUAGAGGCUUAA